AAAUGAGACGGAGAGACUGGGCAAAGAAGAAAAAGUGGACGACCUCGACAAAACCACAGAAGAAAAUAAAUUGACGAUUCGUCGCAGGAAACAAAAAUUAAAGUUUUUAAUAAGAAAAUUUGCUCGCUUUUUAAAAAAUGUUCACAGAAACACGAAUCGAGCAGUCAAAAAACCGACGAUCAUUGUGAUGACGGCGGGCCGACACUAUCCAGAUUAUCAACAGACAGACAAACAAACUUACAACGUGAAUCAUGAAUCUGUGACAUCAGCAACAACGUCUACUGAUGUCAAAUCUUUAUUUGUUGAGACAAUACCCGGUGAUUCGUUGCCACUGCCUUCUAAAGAACUUUAUAAGAUGAAACUAGAUGGAAAAUGGAAAAUUAUAAGCGGUGGGACAGGAUUAAAAAAUAUGGGCAACACGUGCUUUAUAGCAGCCGUACUGCAAUGUUUGCUUCGGAUACCGACUUUUAUGAAUUAUCUCAUCUUCAAUCAUAUAAAAGACUGUAAGAUGAUGAACAAAUUUUGCUCGGUGUGCAUGCUAAGAAAUCUAGCAUUGAGACUUUUCAAUAGGUUGGUAAACGGACCGAUAUCCCCGGAAGAAGUCGUCGGCAACAUCAGACAAAUUGGGAAUCACAUGCAAGUCGGGAGGCAAGAAGAUGCCCAUGAUUUUCUACUCUGCCUACUAAACACGAUGCAAGCUCAUCUCACGCACGGUUUGGAAGUGGACCAGUUUGUAGAAAGAACAACUGCUUUGUCAAAAAUAUUCAACGGCUAUCUAAGAAGCCAAAUCAUAUGCCAGCAAUGCAGACAUGCGUCAAACAGUUACGAGCCAUUCUUCAACAUCAGUCUUGAGGCGGAUCAUAUCACAUCAGUGAAAGAAGCGCUGAAAAAAUUUUUCGCCUUCGUAGAUAUGGACAACGAGAAAUGGUACUCGUGUGAGAAAUGCAAGUCAAAACAGUGCGCCACUAAACAUUUCUCAAUUCAACAGCAGCUGAACGUCUUGAUACUACAGCUGAAAAGGUACGGACUGUCAAACAGUGGCGACUAUAAAAUAUCACGCCACGUUCAGUUCGAAGAAUAUUUAGAUAUAUCCUCCUACAUCAGCUCGGAUUUGAGCACUGAAAACCAACCCGAACACAACGUGAAGAGAAACAGAAUCAGCAACGUAUACAGACUGCAUGGAGUGGUUGUUCAUCAAGGUUGGUCCGUAGGAUCUGGACAUUAUUACGCUUACGUACUUGAUCCAAGAUCGCUCAACGGUGGCUGCUACCACAACUACCACAGCUGCCUGGAGAAUAAUAAAAACUGGCUCGUCGUAGACGACGCCAAUGUCUCGCUGACUGACUGGGAUUCGGUAAAAAAAGCAGAAGCGUACUUGCUCUUCUACGUGAAAGUUGCAACAGCGGACUACUGCAAAAUCACUGCAACUGACCAACGUAGGGGUCCUGAUACUACUACGAUUACUAAACCCAUUGCUGGCGUUACAACUACAAAUGACAAACAGGAACGUAUUUCAACUUAUUUGAAUCCAACUUUCACAGUUACUACUGCUGACGAAAAAACAUUUUCUUCUAAUACUAAGCUUACUACUUCUACAACUACAACGACUACUGCUGCUGCUGGCACUACCGCUACUACUUCUAUUACUGAUGAACAAAAUUAUACAAACACUAUUAUUCCUACAAACAUUAUUACUUCUACUGCUGUUGAUGCUACCGUUUCUACGACUAUUGCCGCUGCUACUGCUACUACCACUACUACUGUUUCUACAACUACUGCUGCUGCUAGUGUUGCUGCUACUACAGCGUCUACGACUAGUGCUGCAGCUAUUGCUGCUACCACUACUUCUAGUUCCGAGCCUAAAAAACGACUAAAAAUUAAACUUGGACCUACAAAGUAUUUUGUGGAGCUAAGAGCAAUUGCUAGCGACAUGAUUUCAUCUGAAUUUGUUCAUAUAUAUAUAUUUAUUAUUACGCUAAUUAUAUUUAUGUAUAAUAAUAAUAUUAUUAUUAUUAUUUUGUGUCUUAUUAUUUCAACAAACAGUUUCAUAUAACUGAUUUAUAAUGUUGCUAUAUAAUUGUAUAAUAUUUGUAUAAUAAAAAAGUUCUUUUUAAAAUGUA